AUGGAAAUUGAAGGAGCUAGAGAUUGGAAUGUAAAACAUAACGAUGGGAACAAAGAAGAAGCUAAUGGCGACUCUCAGCGGAUUACCUGUACUGCACAAGAGUCUCUGCGAGACGACAGGAACAAAAAGGAGACGUACAGCAAAACGGUGGAGAAGUACGUAGAGAAAAACUACCCCUACUGGCUGACUGCGUUUCACAUGGUCCCUGACAUAUUCACCACUUCUGGGAAACAGGAUGAUUUGGGAAAAAGGGCAGGAAAUGAUGCUGAAUUGCGCGUUUACUGCCGCCUCCAUGAACUUGGUAAAGACCUUGCCAAAGACCAAAAUGGUAAUCCAAUGUUUAUCAUCCACAGCUUUACUGUCAGGGAAAGAAAUCAACGUGGUAAAAAAAUCGGGACGGUCCUCGGGGAAUUCGACUUUGUCAUCGUGAGUAAGAAAUAUGGACUCAUCUUCUUAGAACUUAAGGCAUCAGAUAAAUUUAGCAAAAGUGAUUUCGACCGCGCAAAAGAUCAGAUAAAAAAGUCUCGAGAGGCUCUGUCAUCGCUUCUUAAACUUCCUGCUGGUGUAUCCAUAGCUGCUGAUUUUGGUUUUGUGAUGAUGCCCAACUGUCAACGGCCACAGAAUUCGAAAGAACCCUACAAAUCUGGCUGCUUCAAGGAAGACUGUCAAGACGGCAAGAGUUUCCGCAAGUGGUGGGACCAAAACAUUAGGGACGUCACGCCAGGGCUUGGGGAUGACACUUACAAAUCUCUACUUUGCUGGUUCAUAGGUAUCCGAAGUACGGUUCCUGCCAUGGGCGAACGGGUAGAUAGCACCACUUCCGACGUCCUGCAGAUGUUCGACAGUAAGCAACUCGCUCUCCUGGACAACAUUGGGCUGCCUCUGCACCAACUCAUCACAGGGCCAGCAGGAAGCGGCAAGACUUCGAUCCUACUGCACAAGGUACGAGCUCUCGACACACACAUCAGAAAAGCUGAGAAAAAAGAGAAGAUUCUUGUGCUCUGUUACAACAGACCACUGGAAGAGAAACUCACCAAGGAAUUGAAAGAAUGCUCCUGUGUUACAGUCAGAACUUUUGAUUCCAUUCUGCACGGCAAACCGACAGAAGAUGUUGACCUAACCUUCGACCAUAUUUUCGUCGACGAAGGUCAAGAUCUCACCGGUAAGUGGCGAGAGCUACUAGAGGCGAUCCAAAAAAAAUCGAUUUGCGAGAGGAAGUUUCGUUGGAUUUUCUUCGACAAUCAUCAGCUCGUAAGAUUAGGAGCAACAGGACUUUCUUCUGAUGAUCAGGACAAGGCGAUUAAACUGAACAAGGUGUAUCGGAUGACACGCAGUGUUUAUGACCAGUUCAAGAAGUACGUAUACCUUGAAACAAUGGAACCUCAGUGCUCUAUUGGACACAAUAUCAGAGGCAUGUGCAUAGAGUGGGACAAAACCAAAGGGAGUGAUGACCCUAAAGAUGCCAAGGUCGCCUGUAACUACAUCUCAGAGCGUGUGAAGAGGCUACUUGACGAGAAGGUGGAGCCAAACGACAUUUGUGUUCUCGUUCGUGAUAAGGAGACUGCGGAUGGCAUAAUAAAGAUCCUUAAAGAGGACAAGAAGAUUGCGUGCCAGGAUGCUACGCAAUCUAUCAAGAACGAUAACCCGAAGACCAUCAUAGUAGAGAGUAUCAGAAGAUUCAAGGGUUUAGAGACCAAGGUACUGAUCUUGUAUAAUCCCCAUUGCCCUGGAGAAGACAAGAACGCAGUGGAACUGCUGUACACAGCCUUUUCUCGUUCUUUCUGCCAUGUUAUCAUCAUCGCGCCUCGCACGGUUAUUGAUACCCUUCAGUCAGAGGAUGGCGGAAAGAAAAAACAGCAGUCUCCUUUUAAGCAACAUGACAAAAGGAGCCCGGCAAAAACAAACUUGGUGACUGCAGUCUCGGCACUUGAGAAGAGAUUUACGGACGAGGAACUGACUGGACUUUCAAGUAGCGAUAUCAACACGAUUCAACAGAGUUUGAAAGGGAUGAUAAAGGCGGUUGAAAGGUCAAAGACACCACGACUAGAGAACAAGAGCUUGGAAAGAGAGCUAGCAUCGAUUGCAGACUUGGGCAUUGUCAAGAACAGGUUAAAGGAGUACUAA